AUGGAAACGGCAGUGGCGGCCGCACGGCAGCACACAAGUUCCGGCCUGGCGUCUCUUUCUCACCGCCUCGCGAAGCAGUUCGCCGCCGCGCAUGGCGACCCCGCAGGCAACCUCGUCUUCUCGCCGCUGUCCAUCUACUCCGCGCUCUCCCUCGUCGCCGCCGGCGCCCAGGGCAGGACCCUCCGCGAGCUCGUCAACGUGCUAGGCGCAGGGUCCCGUGACAGUCUCAACGUGAACGUGAGGGGCAUGGUGGAGCAGUCCAUCCCGCCGGCCAGCACGCAGGACGGCGGCGCCGAGCUCGGCGAGGAGGUAGGGGACGCUGAGGUGCGGAAGGUGGUCCUCAGUCUGGAGGAACUCCACGGUGGUGCGGCCGCCGAGGUCGGUGUGGUUGAGGUCGAUGGAGGCAACGACGGUGAGGUCGGGGUCCUGCGGCGAGGGCACACAGAAGCCGCCGUGGGCAGCUGGGACACGCCAUUCGACAAGCAAAGGACGAAGGAGGACAAGUUCCACCGGCUCGACGGCAGCUCCAUCACAGCCCAGUUCAUGAACAGUUCUAAACGCCAGUUCAUCGGCGUGCACGACGGGUUCAAGGUGCUCAGGAUGCCCUACACGUACAGGAUGCACAGGGCGCCAGGUCUUCCAAGGACCAUUCCCCUACGAUACUCCAUGUGCGUCCUCCUGCCGGACACGCGCGACGGCCUGCAGGGCCUCAUGGACGCCGUGGCGUCCAGCCUGAGCUUCCUGCAGGACAACCUGCCGCUGAACAAAGUCGAGGUUGGUGAGUUCCGGGUUCCCAAGUUCAAGAUGUCCUUCACCAAAUCCAUGAGGAAGGACCUCCAGGAUCUCGGCGUCCAGGCUGUGUUCUCGGGGGCAGCUGAGCUGCCCGACUUGCUGGAGGAAGACGGCUCGCAUGAGCCGCUGUUUGUUGGGGACGUACUGCACAAGGCUGUGAUCGAUGUGAAUGAGGAAGGCACAGAAGCGGCGGCUGUUACUGGUUGCCAUAUGUUUGCUUCAUGUGGACCGAGGCGGCAGCCUCCGCCUCGUGUGGACUUCGUCGCCGACCAUCCAUUUGCCUUCUUCGUGGUGGAGGAACUGUCUGGUGCUAUCCUCUUUGCCGGACACGUCCUUGACCCUACGCAAUCUUAG